UGUUGGCCGUUAGCUCCACAUUGCCACCUAACCUCAUCCCCAUCACAUGCCCGGAGAGAACAGCAUACUCUCAAAAAUAUGGUCUUCCCAGAUAUGCUGCAAAGUCAACUACAAAACUAACACCACCAACUCUCGACAAACCUUUUACCUCCUCGUGCACCGCAACAGCUACCUCUAUCGGCUCCUUGCUGAGAUCUUCGACUUUUUUAAUAUCCCUCACUCGAAAAUAUCUCAAGCUUGGUUUGAAGACGCUCGUACGGGCCAGAUCGUCGACUGGAACCUUCCGCUGGACGUCUCCUACGAGCUAUACACAGACAUGCCUGACCGACACGGCUAUUUCGACAUCGAUCUGAGACUCAAGUUCAUCUCCUCAUCACAGUCCUCUCAAUCAAUCAAGGCAUUUCAGCAGCAGCUGGCCUCGACAGCAAGUACUUCACCCGCAUCUGGGGUCGUCAAGCUUUUGGAAAAACAUUGGAGAAAUAUAAUCAAGGAAUCCUGCUACAUCCUUAAUGGAAGCAGCAACAUCAUCAUGUCCAUGAGCUUGGAAAACUCAAAAGAAUUCUGGAACGCCGUCUUGCUGCAUGACUACAAAUCUUACGAAAAGCAUUUCCGCAAAUUGCUUCCCUCCUCUCCUAUGAAUGUGCCUCUUAAGCUCUACAUUGUCGAAAACAAACUCCUCAAGUUCGUCAAUCAACCAAACCUCAACAGAAUGUUUCCCAGAACUCCCCUCCAUGAAAUCUCGUUGCAGAACCUUGUCGACAGCGUGUUAACUCUGAAAUCUCACAGAGAACAUCCAAAUCGGAAACCGCUGCAAUUCAUCGCUCACGGUGUUCAACUCCCGCCUGAAUCACCUUUAAAUGAGUUGUACACAGCCGCAAAAUACUUUGACUCUUUUCUACACAUCGUCAUCAAAUUGUAACACCUGACCCGCUCGUCUUUGUAUCUAUUUAUCUAUCAAUUUAUAAUCCUAUAUCUCAGGCACUUUGAACACGGCUUGCAACCAGCAUCUGUACAUUUUUAACUGCUUCUUCCGAUUCACCAACAGCCGUUUAUCAGAUCCAAUCUUCUCCUC